AUGAAAUCAGAAGGUUCGAAGGCUGUUGUCUCAGCGUUCCAACUAGCACCAACGGAGAAUCCUGGCGCGAUCAUAGCGCAAGUUCAAUUCAAUGGAGAUAACUUUGAUGAAUGGGCUCAGGCAGUGCGGACGGCAUUGCGAGUCAAGAAGAAAUAUGGUUUUGUUGAUGGAACCAUAUCGAAACCAGAUGAAGAUGAAGCGGAGUAUGAAGAUUGGCUAUCAGCAAAGUCAAUGGUGGCACUUUGGAUCCUCAACACGAUCGAUCCAAAAGUGAGAAGAACACUGGCAAACAAGGAAGAUCCGAAGGAGCUUUGGACAGAGAUAAAAGAUCAAUUUUCUGAAGGAAAUGGACCAAGAAUUCAUGAGAUUAAGGCGGAACUUGCUCAUUGUCGCCAAGGGAAUCUGAGCGUGAUUGAAUACUUUGGGAAGCUGCAGAUGCUGUGGGAGGACUUGUCUAAUUAUGACAAGGUGAUAUCUUGCAAGUGUGGAAGAUGCUCUUGCAACAUUAACGGCGAACUGGAGAAGAAAAGAGAGGAUGAUCGAAUUUAUCAAUUCCUUCUUGGACUUGACACGGCUCUAUAUGGAGGAGUGAGGAUGUCGACCAUCAGCAAAGAUCCGCUUCCAAACAUGAACCAGGUGUACUCAAAGGUGAAGUCAGUGGAGCGAGUCAACACCGUCAUGAGAGGAAGGGAACAAGAGAACACUCAAGUGGCGUUUGCAGUACGAGGAGGAAAUUCCUUGACUGGUAAGGAAGAAAAAGGAAAGAUGGUAUGUUCGGUAUGCAAGAAGACUGGACAUACACCUGAUACUUGUUUUCAAGUGAUCGGAUAUCCGGAGUUGUGGACUGAGCGAGCUCGAGGCAAUGGGGGAUUUGCGCAGGGUGGCGGACGUCAAGGAAUAGGGAGAGGACGUGGAGGCAUGGCUCAUGCAAACAUCAUGGUGGCACAAGAUGGAGCUGAUACGAGUGUAGAAGCAGAGAGGAGUGGCUACACAGGCCUAACAAACGAGAAAUGGGGAACACUCGUGAAACUCCUUGAGAACAGUAAGGGAAACACACCUCGUCUUAGUGGUAAGUCUCUCUCAAUCGAUUGGGUAUUAGAUACAGGAGCUACAAAUCAUAUGACAGGGUUUAGUGAUUUGUUGUCGGAUCAAAAGUAUAUUUUGCCGUGUACCAUAGGGUUGCCAAAUGGAAAUAAUAGUUUGGCAAAAGAAAAGGGAACAGUGAAGUUUGAUGAUGAUUUUGAACUGAGAAAUGUGUUGUUUGUGCCUGAGCUGAAAUGUAAUUUGAUAUCUGUGUUACAACUAGUUGCGGAUCUCGAUGUGGUAAUGCAGAUUGCUAAUAAGGGAUGUGUGAUUCAGGACCGUAUAACGAGGAGUGUGACUGGAGCAUGA